AUGUCUUACACAACUACUCUUUUUGAAAAGGCCCCAGAGGAAGAGGUCCAGCCUGUCAGUUCGACUCUGUCCGACUACGAUGCAGAUCUGUCGUCGUCCGGCUACACAGAAAGUCCGGAUCUUGAAGACCGAGAGAAAUAUGCCGGCAUCCUAGCAGAUACGAAGAAAAAAGACAAGGCAGCCCCAGGCCUUCGCUUCAUUGGAUGGACGGCAAUCAAUGUUGCUUCCACCGUUGCCAUAGUCUUCACCAACAAAUACAUCCUAUCCGAUAUAUCCUUCCGCAACUGCCAGGUCGCCUUUGCUGCAUAUCAUUUCUUCAUCACGGGGGCCACAUUAUGGGUCAUCUCUCGCCCACAGUGCGCCAUCUUCAUACCAAAACAGGUGUCGAUAAUGCAGAUUAUCCCCCUGGCGGCAGCGAUGUGUAUCCAGGUGAUCCUUCAGAAUCUCUCGCUUGCAUAUUCGUCCGUCAUGUUCCAUCAGCUGGCUCGAUUACUCCUGACCCCCGUCGUGGCUUUGCUCAACUACAUGCUUUACUCGACCAAGAUUCCCCGGGCGGCCGUCUCCCCUCUCAUCCUGCUGUGCUCCGGCGUGGGAAUCGUCUCCUACUAUGACUCUCUCGCGAUGGACAACGCGAGCACCGCGAGUACUUCGUUCUGGGGAACAUUAUUUGCCCUCGCCGGCGUCUGCGCCAGUUCAAUCUAUAUGGUAUGGAUUGGGCAGUACCACAAGAAGUUCCAGUUGAAUAGCAUGCAGCUUCUCCUGAAUCAGGCACCAGUCAGCACCGUUCUGUUGCUGCUCACUGUUCCUUUCACUGCGACGCCGCCAUUGGGGGCUGUUCCAGUGUCCAUGUGGGUUUUAAUCUUAAUGGUAUGGCUCUGA